AUGGACAAAGCAGGCAGCUUCGUGGGCGGCGUGACCGACACAGUCGGGAAGGGCGUUUCAGGAGCCGCGGGAACAACGGGCAAUGCAGUCUCGGGGAUCGGGGACACUGCUGCAGGCGGAUUGAAAGGGGCAACCGAUACAGUCGGGAACGCGACGAAGGGCGCGGGAAACACUGUCGAAGGAACCACUCAAGGCGCCAGUGAUAGUGUGCGAAGCGCGGGCGGUGCAGAGACUAAACACGACGCACAGAACCCGCUAGGAUUGGGCAAGUAG